AUGGUACAGGAAGACGACGUCUUACCUCCCCGAGCAACCGAGCCGCCAUUUUUAUCAGCACUUCAUGCGAAGAACGACACAACAAACCCUUUUGGCUAUAAACUUGGCGAGUCAACAGAAAACAACAAAGCUCUACUUUUCUUCUCGGGUAAGGAAACAAUUCAAACUUUUAACGGUUCCGUUUAAGCCAUUACGCUGUUGUUUGCGAAGUGAUAAACUUGUGAAUUGCCAUGUUUGAAAAUUCUGCAAAGAUCAUUUUUAAAAUUCCGCGUGAUUUGAUCCGUCAAUGAAAUCGUACUUUUGAAUGGUUUCCUCUCUAUUUUUGAAAGAGAUCACUUCGUGUGUAUGUACUAAAACAAUUUUUCUUUUCUCGCUGAAUAGUGACUUUAGGAAUAUUUACCUCACCGCUUCGCAGCUCGGUAAAUAAUAGCAACUAUUCACCUCGAUUUCAAAGAAUAAUUUUUAAGUGUAGCAAUUUAUUUACCCUGAUUAAGAUCAAAAUAAACUUAUUUGUAUUUUAUUUAUUUUUGUCCUUGUUCCCUUUUAUCAGCUAUCAAAAGAGUUUUGAAGGCCGCUUAUCACUAACCUUCACACUCUUUUAAAGAAUUCUAAUCCAAUAAGACACCCUGUUGAAGUCGCUAAAUGGCGAAAUUGUUUUCCCUGUUAAGAACUCAAGACCCUGAAAACCAUGCUUUCAGCGGCUCACCCGUAUAGGCCCAAGAAAGUACUCCUCCCCGGAUGUUGGCCCCAGUUUUUUUAAGUUGAAUAGCGCUAUCCGCGGAUAGAUUUCUCUUCGGUGGGUUGGUGUGUGGAAAAACAAACUGCGUUUAUCUGGUGGUCUGGAUAACAGAUAUUUUCCUGAAUACUCAAACCAAUGACACAUUCUAAUGUUCAUUUCAGCCAUUUUGCUUUUAUCAAUUGCAUGAUCUGUUUAUGAUAUGUGCAUAAAACUCAUAUGUGUUGUUAAAACUGCCAACCCCAAUAAACCGGCAGCAAAUGAACAAUACCAGUUUCUGUAGCAAAAAAUGUGGUCUUUCGUGAGAAAAAAAUAUAUUGUUUUGUGUACUGACGACUUUCGCAGUUGCCAUUCGAUAUGAUUAAAAGUAGGAAAAUUCCUCAAUUCAUUGAGAUUGAAAGAGUGUGAUAACAAGACGUGAAUUUCGUAACAUUUUUAUCCAUGCUAUACACGUAUUUAAGGACCCUAAAGACCCACUUCCGUCACUAAAGUCGAUAUAUCGGACGAUAUUAGUUCCGUUUCUUGGAAUUUUCCUAAUAUUAAUUCCAUGAUGUGUCAUGAUAUACUUUUUAAAAGACCUUUGUUUGUCAGUAUUAAAACCGCCAGCUCACUGAAUAAUAUCCUUAAAAAAACGCAGAGAGCCAUGAACAAUACCAAUUUCCUUUUGUUCUUUAAAAUGUACAGUCAGCGAAUCCAACGUGCUCUCGCUCAUGCAGUAAUACUAAAGACAAUUUGAGUUGUAUGUGUUGGGCCCAGAUCGAUCAUUCAGAGUGAAGAUGCGUGAGCUGAUCCAGAUUUUUUUCAUAGUUUGUAAUAAAUUUUCUUGUAACCUUUUUAGAAAUAUAUUUUUAUCAGCUAGAUUAGAUAGUCAGUAAAACGCCAAUAAGGAAAAUGAGGGGUACUCAAAUUGUGUUCCUGUAAAAUAUCAGCACUCUUUCACCAUCACAUGGACAUGUAUCAAGUUUGAUUGACGUCCAGGAUUUUAGAAAAAUUCCAUAAAAAGACUCGCUGCGAGUUGAAAGGUAACUUAAAACUUAAAACCUUCAUUGGCUAUUGUCAACAAGUCAAGCUCAGUCGUUGUUUCAUAUUAGUGAAAGAAACAGCUCCACAAGAAGAAGUGUUCAAAGAUGCUGCUAGCAACGUUUUUUAUCUUUUGUGCAUGUUGGCUUCAUGUUCGAGCAGAAAUAGUGUCAACGAAGUAUGGAGAUAUCGAGGGUCUCGUCACUUCGUAUCCGAAUGCCUCUGGUCCUUUCAAAUCCGUCAGCAAAUUUCUUGGCGUUCCUUUCGCCUCUCCACCAACUGGAGAGCUAAGGUUUAAAGCCCCACAACCGCCAAAAGGAUGGAAACCAAAGGUUUAUUCGGCUAAAACCCAUGGGAGCGUCUGCUUACAGCCCGCCAAACUUUUCGAAAACUCAAUCGAGCCUUUCACUUCAAAUUUCACUUUCAGCGAGGAUUGCUUAUAUCUUGAUAUCUACAGCCCAAAUAUCAGCCUCAGUUUGCCAGUGAUGGUUUACAUUCACGGUGGAUUUUACCUUCUAGGAUCAGCAAUCACUUUUCCAAGCGAUAUCCUGGCUCUCCAGGGGGUGGUGGUGGUCAUUAUCCAGUAUCGUCUAGGUCCCUUUGGUUUCCUGACGACGGGUGAUUCGGCGGCACCUGGUAACUAUGGAAUGUUGGAUCAAGUGGAAGCACUGAGGUGGGUCACAGAAAACAUUCAGAAUUUUGGCGGGAAUCCCAGCAAAGUGAGCAUAUUUGGACAGAGCGCUGGCGGAUUCAGCGUGGGGCUCCAUCUUCUAUCGCCUCUAUCACGUGAUCUCUUUCAUACAGCCAUCCUAGAGAGCGGUGUAGAUUUAAGUCCCAUUGCGAUUCAGCCAACGUCUUUCGGCUUCCGUUUCACUAAAAAGCUUGCACAAAAACUGAAUUGUGGUUCCAGUGACCAUUCUGCAAUGGUUUCUUGUAUGCGCAGCAAAACAGCGUCAGACAUGCAAAGAGCCGCAGAGUCAAUCAAAUUUGGUUUCGUUGACUGGGCACCAGUCGUAGAUAAAAACUUUCUUCAUGAUACACCCCAGGUUUUGAGGAAAAAAGGAGAAUUCAAGCCAUUGCCGCUUAUCAUCACCUUCACAAGUAAGGAGGGGGCGACUUUUCUCGGAGACAUCGUCAACAAUUCUUUAGGGCUGAUGGAGAGGGUGGACAAUGGAGUCAGUCCGACUUUGUUCAAAUCAUUUCUUAUUAAGUUCGCACAAGUUGAAAACACUAGGUAAGAUCAGUGAAAAUUAAAUAUUUGCUCAGUAGUUUCAACGCAGCAGAACCCCGUUAACUCCAACUCCCCGCAAACUCUCAGGGGCACCCAACGAGAAUAUAGUUCAAAACCGCUUAAACAUAUAGCAUUGUUGAACGUAUUUUAGUAUUUAAACGGUAGAUAUAGGCAUAUUUUUAUCCCCUAAAAAUUUUUCAUCUGUUCGGAUUUCCUAGCUGAAAGUCAACUUAAACAUAGCAUUGUUGAACGUAUUUUAGUAUUUAAACGGUAGAUAUAGGCAUAUUUUUAUCCCCUAAAAAUUUUUCAUCUGUUCGGAUUUCCUAGCUGAAAGUCUAAAGUUUCGAAAAUUAUAGGGAUCAAAACUUACCUUUUCGAAAAUUCCAGCCAGAAAAAAGGCUCCCGAAAAUUCUAGGUGACCUUUUCAGGGUAAAAAUCCGUUAAAAAUAGGCAAUUAUACCAUUAUUUAGGUGUUCGAAAAUCCUAGGAGAGGCAGGCAAGCAAGAAAUUUUACAACAAAUGUUCCGAAAAUUGUAGAUCUCAAAUCGUCUUCCGAACAGAUAUUUUCCGAAAAUUGUCGUUGGGUGCCGUUGUUUUACUGUAUCGCUGCUUUCACGUGGCAGACACAAACGUGGAGGAGGUUUGAACGUGCCAGUGUGAUUGCCUGCGGUGUUACCUACAAGGGACGUUGUAAAGUUAAAAAAAACUAUUUAAUGAAGCAUAUCAUUCACUCUGUGAUUGAGGAGGUUGAAUAAAGGAUAAAGUUGUAAUAUGGCGAUGUAGUCUUAUUGUUCCCGGGUGUUCUUGUAUACAUUUUCGCUCCAAAAAACUAGACUACACUGUACACUGAUCCUCUACAACGUAACCAUUACCGGAAUAUACGCAGUCCUAGGUUAUUAUGUACCCUGUUUAGGACACAAAGGUCAAGAACCACACCCUGUCCAGCGGCACCACAUCCCCGAACAGGUCAUAUAACCUAGGUAAGUAACCUCCCGGGGUAAUAACAUGCCACCAACCAUGUUGCAUUAACAUUUAUCAAGAGAGAGUAUAGCGACUGCUGUUUCUCUGUGGAUACCAUACUCCGAUUAACUCAAGCGUUUACGGUAUCAAAAUAACUUUGGUGAAAUUCACAUAUCCCAAGAGCUAGACAAGGUGUUUCCCUCUGUGUCUCAUUAUUCCCUUUUUGCAUUUAUUGAUUUAUUUCCUUGUGUUUUAUUUGUGCGCAGUGUUUUACUUUUCCCUUAAAAAAAAAAACUAGUGAGGCAAGUUCCUCGGAUUGCUUCACACUGGGCACGGCUCUGGUCUGUGGAAUAAUUGUUAAAUAUCCGUCACUUUUUUUUAGGAAGAAGAAUGCUGAUCUUCUCGCCGAUGCCUUGGAGUUCAUGUACACCCCUUGGCCUGACAACAGUAACACAUACGCAUUAAGAAGUGGACUUGUUGAUGUUAUUGGAGAUAAAAUUUUCGCUGGCCCCAGUCACAAAGUCGCUGAUGUUCACAGUCAGGUCGCUCCUGUUUACAUGUAUGAAUUUGCUCAUCGGGCAAGGUCAAGUUUGGCGGUACGUGCAGAGUGGAUGGGCGUUGUUCAUGACGAAAACAUUCCCUUUGAUUUUGGAGUUCCUUUCCUUCCCAAAUUUUCGCCACAUUAUAGUCAGGCUGACAGAAAUGUCAGUCUGUUUAUCAUGACCAUGUACGCAAACUUUGCCCGGUCCGGCGAUCCUUCAGUCAGCGGUGUCGCGUGGGAGAAAUACAACUCGAGUCACAGGGCUUACCUUAAAGUGGACACAAGUCCCAAACUGAAGACGUCAUUUAAUUCUCGCCGAAUGUCUUUUUGGAAUAAUUACUAUCCUAAAUUGGAGCAGGUGAAGUUUUAUGUCAAUAAAGAGGUGGUCAGCGGUGCAAAGGAUAUUGUUACCAUCGGAACUGCUCUUCAAGUUGUAUUUGUUUUAACACUAUACUUGAGUUACUAA